AUGAAGGACACAAUAGCACAGCGAACAAGCAAAGAAAGAACAACUUACGCGAGAAACCACGUCAAGUACAGCGAGGAGACCCAAGUCGUCCUCGUAUACCAACAGCUCGCCAAUUCUACGACCCUCCUCUCAAGCCAAAUCGAUGAUGGUCCGGCUAACAAAUUCCUGGAUCGACUCAGGCACAAAAAUGUCGUAUCGCUGGAAGAACGAUGA